GGCAGGGCCGCAGAGGCUCCUCUCCUUGCAGAGAGAUAAUGUGGCUCCUCUCCUUGCAGAGAGAUAAGACCAUGGCUGUGCUGAAGAUCUCCUCGCUCCUCGCCGUUUACGCUUUGGUGGCCUGCCAGAUGGAGAACGGCCAGGCAGUCCCGCUCAGAACGGGCUUCGAACCGGUCACCGACCGAGGCGCCCUGGGGGACUAUGAAGCUCGGAGGUUACUCAACGCCCUGGUGAAGGAAUACAUCCAGAUGACCGCGGAAGACCAGGACCAGGGCAGCGAAGGCAGUAGCUUGGAUAGACCCAUUUCCAAACGUUGUGCCAACCUGAGCACUUGUGUGCUGGGCAAACUGUCUCAAGAAUUGCACAAGUUGCAAACGUACCCUCGUACUGACGUCGGGGCUGGGACGCCUGGCAAGAAAAGGAAUGUGUUGAGUGAGCUGGAAAAUGAACGCUAUGCAAACUACUGAGGAAGCCCUCGGAAGCAACUAGAUGGGCUCAGUUUCCUUUGAAUUUUUUUUCCCCCUCUUUCGUUUUCUUCUUUUAUUUAACUUGAUGCAUGAUGUGGAUCUAACCUUCACUGCUAACUUUGCUGUGUUCUUUUAGAUCUGAAGUGCUUGGAGUAGUAGAGCAAAAUCCAAGUUAGGAAAUUAAGGAUGAAAUGCACACACAUAACACUUGUAGGGAACUGGGGAAAAGCAGAAGCCAAAUUCAAAGUAGAUCAGAAUAAAACGUUGCCUUGAAUUUUCAACUAAUUUUUUAGGAUUCUUAUUUUAUGAAUAAUAAGGAGCAUCCUUUUUUUAUUUGAGGCUACUCAUUGUAAAAAAAAAUGAAAUAAAUAAAUGUUUCUUUCAUGCAACUGUUC